UAACCCUACUUUAUCUGUGAUUUCAACGACCUACAAAUCGGAAAAGGUCGAUCCUACGGUUAAACAUAAAACCGUCCAGAUCAUCAGGACGGCAUAGAUUUAGCUUCAUCCAGAAUCAAACAUGUUGCGAACGAUUGUAUUACGAAACCAGUUACUAAACAAUAGCUUAAAUAAAGUGGUCAGGAGCAACAUCACGAGAUGUGUAAGCACCGAGUUGGCCCGUCGAAAGCACCCUAGCAAAUUACUCUCAGCAUCACACGUCAAGCGAGUGCUCGCUGCCCCACAAUGGACACCUCAGCUAAGGCACUAUUCCGACCUGCCCUCACACUCAAAGGUGAACCUCCCUGCACUGUCGCCUACCAUGGAGAGCGGCUCCAUCGUUAGCUGGGAGAAGAAGGAGGGAGAUAAGCUCAGUGAAGGCGACUUGCUCUGCGAAAUCGAAACAGACAAGGCAACCAUGGGCUUUGAGACCCCUGAAGAAGGCUACCUGGCCAAGAUCCUGAUCCCAGCCGGCACCAAGGGCGUGGCCGUCGGCAAACUGCUCUGCAUCAUUGUGGAGAACCAGGCUGACGUUGCUGCCUUCAAGGACUUUAAGGAUGACUCCACUGGAGCCCCUGCGAAGCGCCCAGCCGAAAAAGCCCCGGCAGCUGCGGCCCCGGCCGCGCCCGGCGCGCCGGCCCCCGCAGUUGCCCCCGCGGCGCCCGCAGCCCCCGCAGCCCCCGCGGCCGCCGCCGCCGCCGCCGCCGCGCCCGGAGGUAGGGUGUACGCGAGCCCCAUGGCCCGGAGACUGGCCGAGAUUAGGAACAUCCGCCUGGGAGGCACGGGCUCCGGCCUCUACGGCUCCCUGAAGAGCGGCGACCUCUCCGCCGCCGCCGCCGCGCCCGUCUCCUUCGCCGUGCCCACGCCCGGAGCCACCUUCGUCGAUAUACCGCUGUCCGGCAUGAGGGAAACCAUUGCCAAGAGAUUGAGCGCCGCGAAACAGCAGAUACCGCAUUAUCAGCUGGUUGCUACGGUUAAUAUUGAGAAGACAUUGGAAAUGCGAGAGAGGAUCAAUGCCAGAUUAGCUAAAGAGAGCCCCGGUGUUAAGGUGUCCGUGAACGACUUCAUCAUCAAAGCCGUGGCGGCGGCGUGCAAGCGCGUCCCAACCGUCAACUCGCACUGGAUGGAGACCUCUAUCAGACAAUUCUCGAACGUAGACGUAAGCGUAGCCGUAGCCACGCCCACCGGCCUAAUCACGCCCAUUAUCUUCAACUCCGACUCGCGCGGUGUCAUCGAUAUCUCGAAAAACAUGAAGGAGCUCGCACAGAAGGCCAAGGAAGGCAAGCUGCAGCCGCAGGAGUACCAAGGAGGCACUGUGACUGUCUCUAAUCUUGGCAUGUAUGGCAUCACAAUGUUCAACGCGAUCAUCAACCCGCCGCAGUCGCUGAUCCUGGCGUGCGGAGGCGUUCAGGAGUUGGUUAUUCCUGACGAGAAGGCCGAGAAAGGAUUCCGAUUAGCCAAAUUCGUGUCGUUCACGGCGUCCGCCGACCACAGGGUGAUCGACGGCGCGGUCGGAGCCGAAUGGAUGAAGGUCUUCAAACAGAACAUGGAGGACCCUGCCAACAUCAUCCUGUGAACACCCUCUACACGCCCCAUUUGUCCGCUGGACCGAUAACCUCCUAAGGCCCAGCCAUUCAAAUGAAAAGCCCAAAAUUUGCCACUGAAAAUUGAACCUAUAGUGCAGGGAAUAGAAUUGAUUUUUAUUUGUUACAAAAUUUAACGAUACAAAAGAAAUUCAACUCUGUUCCAAUUGAAUAUGAUUUCAAUUUCAUCGAACUGAAGAAAUACUAUAUGUAGGACCCUGGGCCUUAGGAGGAUAAGCUCUGCACUGAACCAGUGAAAUUUGAUCGACAGGGAACAGUUUGCUUUUAAAUCGAUAGCGAGGUACAUGCAACCGUUCUGAUGAUUAAAUUUCGUUGGAGUUAAAGUACUUAUAGACCUUUGGGCGGUAGCUUAUGCCAAUAAGUGUUACGUUUACCCUACGCCCCGAUAGUCCUAUCCAAUGAGCACAUGCACGACUUUGAUUUGCAAAAAAUACUGUCAUGUGAAUGUUUAUGCAUUAGCAUUUAUUGAUUUUCGUGGGCAUGUAAUGUCCUUAGCUCGCUUGAGAUUGUACAUAUAUAAGAGUUAUCAUUGUUUUUUAUUUUGUUCAUAUUGUUUUUGUUAUUUAAUCAGUGUUUUUUCGAGCUUUUAUCAGGCGGUCCAUUGUAUAAAUCGCGGGUUAGAACUAGUAACCUCAUCAUAUCCUUCGUUACCGUCGUUAUAUUCAUAUUAAUUUUAUAUUCAUUAUUGAAUAGAAUUGAGGCUGUGUUACAGCGUUGAACCUACACAUUUUUGUAUUGAUAUAGUUGAAUACAUUUUUGUAUACAUAUAAGCACACAACAUCGAAGGAUGUGCGUUAUUUAAGGGCUUAUUUAUUUAGUGUAAAUGAAGGAAUGAUUACGUACAAUUCAAUAGUAAGAGAAACUGCUCCGAGAUUUUUUAUAGGUAUUAUUUCAAGAAAUUUGGAAUGCGUACAAUUCGAAUGUAUUUUGGAGUACAGAUCUUUAUUUAUUACUACCAAUGCCAGUUUGGGGACUGAAGUGAGCUUGGCAGAGUAGCUGGUGUACAUAUUGAACAAAUGCCGCACGCGUAGUAACAUAAAGGCCAAUUCGUAGUUUUUUCAAAUUUCAACCUUAUAUCUUAAUUAGAUACGAUCGAAUUUGUGACGCAGAUUUUCUACAAUAUUGAUUCCGAUAGGCUGUUUUUAAUUGUGAACCUUAUUUAUAUUCAUUUAUGAUUGAUUUUGUAACAGAUUGGGUCUUUGUAUUAUUGGGCGUGCGUUGUGACUCGCCGCAAGAUAUCGUUUUGUUACCAUGCGUCGAGUUUUGAUGCCGAUAGAUGAUUUUAUGAAUGUUAGUAAAUAUAUUUUAUUUAUAAAUAAA